ACGAAGAUCCACAGCCGUUUUCUGAUAUCUAUAAAUAGAGGAGUCUAGAAAGCAAUAUCGUACCCUGGUUGAAAAUCGUUAGGUGGGAAAAACAAUCACGCACAACUAACGUUUCCGCUGUGGUAGAUCGCUAAAGAUCGACAAUGAAGCAAAAGAUUGUGAUGAAAGUCCCGAUGAACGAUCCGAAGAGCCGGUCCAAGGCCAUGAAAACCGCAGUCGGCAUACACGGUGUUAUAUCUGCUACGUUGGAGGGCGGCAAUAAGGAAGAGCUUGUAGUGGUUGGUGAGGGAGUCGACUCAGUCGUGUUGACAACCCUGCUAAGAAAGAAGAUGGGAUUUACAGAGCUCGUUAGCGUCGCAGUGGUUGAUGAGAAGAAGAAAGAGGAGGAGACAAAGCCAUCAAGCGAAACUGCGGUUCUGCCUACUUAUUGGGCCUACCAAUACAGCAUGCCACAGCCACUGCAUUAUGUGUACCAAGACCCCUACCAGGAUAACUGUUGCAUCAUGUGAAGCACUACAAAUGACAUCAACGGUUGAAGUUGCGUGUGAUGAUCCAUGAGGCUGCUUGUGGGACCUGACCAUGCUUGUUGAAUUUGUGUGAUUAGUCAUAAGACUGCUUGUGGGACCUCACCAUGCUUUUUCUCUGAAGCUAUUAAGAUUGGGGAAAUGGGAAUUGUGUUGGAUGUAAAAGUAACAUUUGAGAAAGUGUCAUGCAUGCUUAGGUGCUUAUUUAAAAAGAAAAUUGGUUAUAGAAAUAGUAGAUUAUAUUAAAUUUCAGUUAAUGAAGGUGAUUUUUACUAAGGA